AUGCCACACUCGUACGGUAAACGCGCAAGAACUCGCCAUAAGUUCUCAAAGCCAUUCCGCCGCCAUGGAAUGCCUGCACUGAGCAGAUACCUGACAACGUACAAGGUGGGAGACCACGUGGACAUCUUCGUCGAUUCCUCAGUCCACAGAGGCCUGCCACAUUCAUUCUACCACGGAAGGACGGGAGUAGUGUACAACGUGACAAAGAGAGCACUGGGAGUAAUGGUUAAGAAGGUAGUUAGAGGAAAGGAACUGCUUAAAAAAGUUAACGUAAACGUGGAGCACGUGAGGAAGAGCAGAUGCAGAGAGGAGUUCCUGAAGAGAGUAGCGACGAACGACGAGCUGCGCAGACAGGCGAAGCUUGAGGGGAAGAAGCUGAAGCUGAAGAGGGAGCCGAAGGCAGUGGCGCCAGGCUACGUGGUGAAGGUGGAUCCUGAGUCGGUGGUGACACUGGAGCCAGUGCCGUUUGUCGAAAAGUACUAA